UGUGUAUGUACUCUGUGGUCUAUGUCUUGGUUGCAUGUCGUCGACGUAUAAAAAAUUCUACCAAAUUCUACGGUACCCGUAAUAUAAUUGUUUUUCCAAUUUUCCAUUCCCCCACAAAAAAAUCCUCACGUCGUUGAUAAAUUGACACAGUACCUAAUAACCGAGUCUUUUCCUCUUAAAUAAAUAAAUCGUGAUUCGUGUUCUUUAUCAUAAAGUGUAAUUGGAUUAAAAUUAUAACAUCAGUGUCGUCGUAGUGAUUGUUCUGUUUGUGUCGUUGUGUUGUGGAAAGCUUGGAAAAUAGUUCUGUGAGUGACGUAAUAUCGAAAAAAGUUAUUUUAUUGAAGAGUAAUGGCAGAGACGAGUGAGGCACAGCCCAGCGCUUCGGCGCCAGGCGGCGAUGCUGGGGGCGAGGAAGAGAAACGGGACGAGCGGAUGCUCGAGUGCAACAUCUGCCUCGACACGGCUCGCGAUGCCGUCGUCAGUAUGUGUGGACAUCUUUUCUGUUGGCCAUGCCUACACCAGUGGCUGGAGACGAGGCCCAGUCGGCAGGUUUGUCCGGUGUGCAAGGCAGCUAUCAGCAGGGAGAAGGUCAUUCCACUAUACGGCAGAGGCAACACUAAACAAGAGGACCCAAGAAAUAAGGUGCCCCCGCGGCCGGCCGGGCAGCGCACGGAGCCCGAGAGCGCGGGCGGCUUCCCGGGCUUCGGCUUCGGAGAGGGCUUCCACAUGUCCUUCGGCAUCGGCGCCUUCCCCUUCGGCGUCUUCACCUCCACCUUCAACUUCGGCGACCCCAGGCCUAGUGCGGCACCCCGCGGCACGGCCCAGUACGAGGAAGAGCAGUUCCUAUCCAAGAUAUUCCUGUGGGUGGCCAUCCUCUUCGUGCUGUGGCUCAUCUUCGCGUGACCCCCGCUGCGACAACCCGCCGUGCCUCGCGGAGCAUGCGCCGUGCCUCGCCGAGCACGCACUGUGCCUCGCGGAGCACGUUGUGCCUCGCAACACACAAGCACUCCUUUACAGCGCCGGUCACAUACCGAAAUACUAAAUUGAAAAGCAGCUGUGCAUAGCAACAUUCAUAAUAACCUUUCACUGAUGCUAAAGGAAGGCGCCCACGACCUCGAAUCGCUACUAAAGGUCCCUUCCCUAAUGGUCAGUGGAAGCUUGUAUCUAGGGGCAAAUCGUUUUUAGAUUUUGUAUAAUUUAUUCGUAAAAUUAAUGACUACGCUCGCUUCGCUCUUGUUGAUAUUUUAUAAGUACUUAUAAAUCAAUUUUCUUAGUGCUUUUUUAAGAAUAUUCAAUACAAGUUAAAUUUUCGCACUUUUACUUCGGAAAAAUAUUUCCUUACUAAAACAGAUGAAAUGUGCAUCUUAUUUCAUUCUUUCUAUUCUUAAAUUCGGAAUUUCUUAGUUUUAGUUUUGUGCUUUAUCAAAAUAUCUACAUUAAUUAAAUAAUACUAUUACAUUAGUACCUACAGUUGACGCCAAACUUCUUGUUUACUUAACUUACUUCAUAACAAAUUAUAAUAUCAAACGAUACUAUACUAGCUGGAUAACCAGCAACAUUAUUUUUUUCAGGAAAUUCACUAAACAUAGUCUGUGCAGAUUGUGCAGUUAUUUUCGUUUUAAUUUAAGCUAGACUUUAUAUUAUUAGUGUUGAUUUUGGAUGCAAAUAAAUUGGGGGUGGAGUGUUCAGAUUUAUUUAUACUUUGGAUUGGAUGAUAAUGGAUAAAUCAUGUUUGUGCUGGAUCGCAUUAUAAGUAAAGGGCGAGAAAAUACUUGUAUUUAAAAAAGAAAGGGUUAUGUGCAUACAUUUUGUGAACACACUUGCCAUAUUUGCUCUGUGUCAACGGUCAUGUCGAAAUUACGUCCUUCUUUUCUUUUUUGGUAGCUUUUUGUAGUGCCAGCCCAGCACUAUCCACUUCACUAAUGUUGAGUAGCUUGAGGGAGGCACAUAGGAGAUUGGUUGGUAAAUGUGCCAAUUUUCUGAGUAUUGUUCUAUUCUAUUCUAAUUAUUCUAUUUUGACAUUACAAUUGACAAAGAGCAAAUAUAGCGAGUGCGUUCUCAAAAUGUAUGCAUUAUAAAUGCCAUUAAUUACAUCACACUAGUUUCACAAAAAAAACAUGCACCGAAUUGAGGUAUUAUGGUUCGGUAUGUACUGUAAGUAAUUUUGGUUAGCUAUUUUUGCCUUAUUAGCUAAAGUUUGCUUUGAAAGUAAGGUUAUUUAGAUCCAGGUUACUGUGACGUAGUGUUUCGAUGUCCCAAAUCUAAUAUUGUUGUCGAAAUGUACAAACUUCGACUGAGGGCCGAUUUUUCAAUUGUUUUUGUAUAGGAAAUCAAAUUUAUUCCUCAGAUAAAAGUGAUUUGCCGAUUGAAAAAUCGGUCCUAAGGGUUCUGUUUAAAGAGAAGGUAUAAUUUAAAAUUAAAAGGUCUUGUCGGUAAUUUAUUUGAUAUGCUUUAGUUUUUCUUAGUUUGCUUAAACAAUACGAAAAAACCUUUUCGGAGAAACGCGUAAGCGACGCGAUUUGCUCGGCGCUUUAGAGCAUUAGAAGUUAAAAUUUCCACUAGCAUCAUUUUAUUGUCAGUUCGCGAUAACAAGGUCGUAAGAGCCACAUACCGUACGCGUUUCAGUGAGAAGCUACUUUUAAGUAAAUCAGGGAAAACUAUGGCUUUUUGUAGUUCAUUAUAAUUUUAAUAAAUUUUAUGUAUAAAUAAUAAAUAUUAUGUAUUUAGUGAAUUGAGCUCGCCAGUACAAAUGUGGCCUAACCCACAGUUUCAUAAGCAAUAAUAUGUGGCCUAUGCAACCUUAUGAGUUAUGACCUGAGCUCAAAAUACGGUAAACUGUAGGUCCAAAAAAUUUCAGUAAAACCCAAAGUUUACCAAGUCUUUUACAUCAGAGAUAUGAUAAAGUCAGACUAAUGUCUAAGAUAAGUUUGAAUUCGACGUUUUACCGUGUGAAGCAGUGGGUAUAAAUAAAAAGAUCAUAUCAGGAUAAUCACACUAGUUUAUUUGUUACUAUUUAAUUUUAUACUACACUAAUAAAUGUUUACAUACGCUCGCUGGGUAAUGUUAGAUUUUAAUGCGAAAUAAACGAUUAAGUAAUACACAACAAUUCAGACUUUAGCUAUUUAGGAUUUAGUAUGUUUUGGGUUUUGCUGCAAAAUGCUACGAUUAACAAUACUUUGAGCGUUUACAGUUAUAGCACAUAUAUCAUUAAUCCAAUCAUUAAGGGUUUUAACUUUUGUUGGCUGAUACCACACUGUUUAACUAUAUUAGCACUAAUCCUAUACAUACUAACGAAAGUGUGUCUGUCUGUUACCUUUUCAAAGCUCCUAUUUACAUAAUUUGGUACUGAGUUAGCUUCCAUCUUGAAGAUAGACAUGGUAUACUUUUUAUCCCAAAAAAUCAGAGUUCCCACCGGAUUUUUAAAAAUCUCAAUCCAUGCGGAUGAAGUUGUGAGCAUCAGCUAGUUGUAAUAUUAGGUAUAAGUACACUACAGGUUGAGAUGGCAAUCGGUGUAUGAGGCUGGGAGACGCUCCGCACACCCGCAGCGGGUUAGCGAGGAGGCUGUGCGGGAUGUCUCCACCCCGGAUGCUAUCUCAACCUGUCGCAUACUAUAACUACAGCUAUGUUCGAUGUAAUAUAGUUGUACAGUACAGCUCUUGAGUGUAAGACCACUAAUUUUUAUUGUUUAAAUUCGGUAGAAAAUUUAAUUUUGAAUAUUCCUAUAAUAUUAUGGUAUAACUGUAUAUAAUUUAUUUCCAAAUGUUUGAUGUAAAUUAUGUAAUUAUAAAUAAACGUGCU